AUGGCGGAGAGCGAGCUCAACACCAAAAGAGUUCUCGUCGCCAUUAUCAUCUGCGUCUUCAUCAGCAUCGCUUUCUACAACGUCGUCGAGCUCACCGUCUCGAUCUUCACUUCUUUCAGGAAGCGGUCGGGGCUGUACUUCUGGAGCACUCUCAUCGCGACGUGGGGCAUCGCUUUCAAUGGCACCGGCUACCUCUUAAUGCACCUGUCGCUGACGGCAGAGAAGACUCUCUAUGCGACACUUAUUCUCAUCGGCUGGUGCGCCAUGAUUACGGGCCAGUCGGUGGUGUUAUACUCCCGGUUACACCUUGUCAUGUACAGCCAAAAGCGACUACGAUGGGUGCUAUACAUGAUCAUCGCAAACGCAACUUGGCUGCAUAUCCCGGUCAUCGUCUUGGUCUACGGAGUCAAUUCUGCGAAUCCGGAUCCUUUUCAGAACCCUUACAACAUCUUCGAAAAGAUUCAACUCACCGUCUUCUUCGUUCAAGAGAUCAUAAUAUCCGGUCUCUACGUAUGGGAAACGACCAACCGCCUUCGCCUCGAGAAAAGCAUCGCAUGCGGCAACAUGCGCACGCGAACGAUCAUGAACCACCUAAUCUUGGUCAACAUCCUGGUUGUCUUCCUCGACGUGACGAUCCUGGCCCUCGAGUUCACCAACCUCUACGACAUCCAGACAGCAUGGAAGCCGCUGGUCUACAGCAUCAAGCUCAAGCUCGAGUUCAGUAUCCUAAACCGACUAGUCAGCCUGGCACGAGGAAGCAAUUCGAACAGCAGCUUCUACGCGCGCAGCCAAAGGCGCGGGCAGACGAACGAUGUUGCGCUGGAGACGUUCAGCGGCGAGCGUUCAAGACAGUUCACGCCAGCGGAUGAGCCGGAAUACGAGAUCCGAAUCGGAAAGGGCGAAAAUAGCUCUGUUCCGCCCAUGCCGAAUGCGUAUCCGACGAAGACAACUGAAAUCACGAUACACACCCAGUCGCGGCCGACUCAUGGCAAGAACGACAGCGAUGACAUCAGCGUGGUGCCGGACAAAGACAGAGAAGGAGACGUGUGUUCGACAUCUUCGGAAAUACAAUUCGCGAGAUACUAG